AUGGAAACCACCAAGCCCUCCAUCUCGUCCAUCUCCACCCGUCCCUUCCUCCGACACAAGGCCGUGUUCGUCUUCGCUGCCGCCGCAACCGCCACUGCCAUUGCCUUCAAAUACCAGGCCGCUUCAAUGAGCCACAACGACGUCGAGCAGCGCACUCGAAAGGCACCGCAUGGAUACGUGUCUGUCGACCGCAGCGGCGGCGGAAUUUGA